GGAGGAGUUGGCCGAGUCUUGAAGUAUAAUCAUCGUGCAUGCAUUUUGGUGCCUCUUUCUUUCUCCUUUCUUAUUCUGCAUGCACACGCCUCCUUUCUCUCUCUGUUCCACCCUCUCUUCUCUCUCCAGUCACCCUCCUUUCAAAUCUCUCUCCGAUUCUUCUCCUCCGUUCAGAUUCCGACUACCUUCCGAUCAAUAUUCGCUUUGCCGCUCCUCCACGCGAAUGCCAAUCCCAAAUUAACCGCAGCACUCGCCGCGCCUCCACUCCCUAAAACUUCCGGCGACCAGAGCUACUCCUCGCUAGCUUCCGGCGAAGCAGAUUAGCAUCUCGAGCUUCUAUCUUCGGCUUAAUUUCUUGAAAAUAGAGCUUGUGGAAUUGAAGUUGAAAAUGGAGUCAAGGAGUUGCAUGAACGUGGCAUGCGCCACCUUAACUUCGAUUCGGUGGCGCAAAGGUUGGGCCCUGCGAUCCGGCGAAAUCGCCGAUCUCUGUGAUAAGUGCGGUUCUGCUUACGAGCAAUCAACAUAUUGUGAUAUGUUCCACUCAAAUGAUUCUGGUUGGAGAGAAUGCACUUCAUGUGGCAAGCGUCUCCAUUGCGGAUGCAUUGCUUCCGUGUCUCAGCUUGAAUUACUAGAUACUGGUGGUGUAAGCUGUAUAAGCUGUGCAAGGAGUUCAGGACACCAACCUGUUGCAAGUAAUGAAAAGCCCAAUGUAUCUGGGACAUCAAAGGUAAAAAAUGUAGGUGCACAGCAGUGCAGAUCUCUGGCUAACCAAUUAAAUGUGAGGGGUACGCAAGCAGGGCAUUAUGCAGAGAAUGAUGGGCUUAGGUGCUGGCUCAAACCCCAUAAUCUUGAAACAGAUGGACCAUCUACAGAAAUGAAACCAGAAAUUUUUCCUUCUGUUGGAGAACUUGGAAGCACUUUGAUAUCACAAUUUCAUUGUGAGUCUAAUGGAUCAUUUAAGGCUUCCAAAGCAGAGAACUGUAAGGCUGACACUGACAUGCGAGAUAUAUAUGAGUCAUUAGCACAGACAAAUUUGAGUAUGACCCUUGCUGCCCCUUUAGGAAAUUCAAAUCCCUUUCAUAGUGCUGUUGUUGAUGAGAGGGAACAAAGUAAAACACCUCCUCCACUUUUGUUGGGGUCAAGGUCUCGCCAUCUUUUACCUAAGCCCCCCAGGUCAACUCUUGGUACAGGCUUAGAAGCAAAUGCAGGCAUGGUAUCCCAGAUUCGUGUAGCAAGGCCUCCUGCUGAAGGACGGGGGAGGAAUCAGUUGCUUCCACGUUAUUGGCCUAGGAUUACUGAUCAAGAGCUGCAACAAAUAUCAGGAGAUUCAAAUUCCACAAUUGUGCCACUCUUUGAAAAGAUGCUUAGUGCAAGUGAUGCUGGUCGAAUUGGUCGCUUGGUUUUGCCAAAAGCAUGUGCUGAAGCAUAUUUCCCUCCAAUCUCUCAACCUGAAGGCCUUCCUUUACGAAUCCAAGAUGUGAAAGGAAAAGAAUGGAUGUUCCAAUUUAGAUUUUGGCCAAAUAAUAACAGUAGGAUGUAUGUUUUAGAAGGUGUAACGCCCUGCAUUCAGUCUAUGCAAUUGCAAGCUGGAGAUACUGUAACAUUUAGCCGGAUGGACCCUGAGGGGAAACUUAUAAUGGGGUUCAGGAAGGCAACAAAUUCUACAGCAGUACAGGAAACACUACCGUCUAAUAUGCCCAAUGGUUCUCAUUCAAGUGAAACUUCCUAUUCUGGUGUUUAUGAGAAUCUACCUAUAUUAAGUGGUUACUCUGGCCUUCUUCAGUCACAAAAGGGAUGUGCAGAAACCCACCUAAAUGUGCUAUCUAAAAACUGGAACUCAGCUGGUGGUGACAUGAAUUGGCAUAACAUUGACAUGCCCGAAAACAGGAAAAGAGAGGGGCUACCUUUGCCACAUGUGGUGGUUCCUGAGAAGAAAAGAACUCGGAAUAUUGGAUCAAAAAGCAAGAGGUUACUUAUUGAUAGCCAGGAUGCACUGGAGCUGAAACUUACUUGGGAAGAAGCUCAAGAUUUGCUCCGUCCACCUCCAACUGUUAAACCAAGCAUUGUUAGGAUUGAGGAUCAUGUGUUUGAAGAAUAUGAAGAGCCUCCCGUCUUUGGAAAGAGGAGUAUAUUCGUAGUUCGAUCAACCGGGGUAAAUGAGCAGUGGACACAGUGUGAUAGUUGCUCAAAAUGGCGGAAGUUGCCAAUUGAUGUACUUAUUCCCCCAAGGUGGACAUGUAUGGAGAAUUUAUGGGAUCAGAGCAGGUGUUCAUGUUCUGCUCCCAGUGAAUUGAACCCAAGGGAACUGGAUAAUCUUCUGAGACUGAACAAAGAAUUCAGGAAACAAAGAUUGGCAGCAAUCCACAGACCAUCCCUGGAACAUGAAUCUUCAGGAUUGGAUGCUUUGGCAAAUGCAGCCGUACUCGGAGAUGAUGCAAGUGACUCUGGCAGGACACCAGUCGUCACCACUACAAAACAUCCUCGGCAUAGACCUGGGUGCUCCUGCAUUGUCUGUAUCCAGCCACCAAGUGGGAAGGGCAAACACAAACCUACAUGCACCUGUAAUGUGUGCAUGACAGUUAAACGUCGAUUCAAAACCCUGAUGAUGCGAAAGAAAAAGCGUCAAUCCGAACGUGAGGCAGAGAUUGCUCAGAGAAAUCAGUUAUCAUGGCGGACCAAGGAUGAAUCAGAAGUAGUAGACAGCACCUCUCGACAUUUAACUCCAGUUGAUGUUUCAGAGAAUGAAGCGAGGGUGCCAAAUGAGUUGGAUUCUAGGAGUCAAGACCAUGUGGCUGAAGCUGCCAAAGGACAAUUAGACUUGAAUUGCCAACCUGAUCGAGACGACGUGCAGGCUGGGCCAAACAAUGUGAGCAUGACGAGUCUUCUUGAAGAAGCAAAUCUCCCUCUUGAGACCUACCUGAAGCAAAAUGGUCUUACUAGCUUGAUAUCAGAGCAGCAAACAAAUUCAGCGUCAAAUGUGCAGGCACAAACAACGAAUGAGAGUGAGGGAAGACAUAAUGAGGAUUGCGGUACUGCUUCGGUUAUUCGUGAGCAGGAAAGCAGUCCUGAAGAGAACAGUGGGCAAGAUAAACAAAACAAUUCACCCUCAUGAAGUCUUGCCAGUUUCAUUUUCUUUUUCCUUUUUUACUCCGAAAUCAUUUCACAAGAAUCCUUCUUACAUAAAUUAUAAAAUUAUAGGUUGUUGAUUUGUAUGUCUAUAUUGGUUUUUGCUUUUGUCUGUAUCUUGUGGUUGUGAAAUUUCCCCACAAACUCAAUAAGCUUUAUAUGCUGAAGUUUGUGUUUUAGGUUGUAAACUAGUGAGGCAAGGAGUUGAAGAAAAGCACCUCCAUGCCAAGUCAUAACAUACGUGGUUUUGUUUCUUUUGUGUGUGUGGUGUGUUUGAAUAAGCAUUGUUUGUCUUCUC